AUGAUGAAGAUAGAGAACAAUAAGGAGGCAUACGACGAGGUCUUUAAAUAUUUUUUGGGAACAGCAAACCUUCAAUUCCAACGGCAGUAUCUUGCCGAAGGGGGUGUGUCUCGUGGACAGCAGAGUCUGUCUGAAAAUGGCAACGCAGAGCCAAGCGAACAAGCUCGCUCGGCCCAGGCCCGGGGAAUGCGCGUCGUGGGCGGUGCAGCUAGCUUCAGGCCUAGUCUAGUCUAUCUCUAG